AUGUCGUUUGAUAGCAAAAUGUCGCCAUCUCUGAGAGCUUUAGCCAAGAAGCACAAAAAAGAGGGUAGUUCCAUUGUCCACAUCAGAGUAGGCAAGAACCUACAAGCUUUCGCAAUCGAAAAGGAUAUCCUCUAUCGACAUUCACCGUAUCUCAAGGGGGAAUUGAAGGAUUGUACAGAAGAAAUUGGUCCUGCCUCCAUAGAUCUUCCCAAAACUGAAGUUGGUACUUUCAAGCUAUUUUGGGUUUGGCUUUACAAGCAGAAGCUCGCUAGUGUUGACGAGGAGACUGUUCAAUGGGCAGCGGAGACAGGAGAAGCCGUUGAAGACGUCGAUUCGGAAAAAGUUGACAAUGUUGACGAAACAAACGACAAAGAUCUUAUCAAGUUCGAGACGGAGAGCAAAACUACCGACGAAAAGAAAAAGGAGAAAUUUGCCAUGUUCUGUGCACAUCGUAUGGCAAACCUUUUGAAACUUCACGUAUUUGCCGAUUGGUCUCGCAUACCAGCUCUGAAGAACGAGUGCAUCAAGAGAUACUACGAGUUCAAGGAGGCUAGUGGUUAUAUUGCAACUCCCUGGGUGUCAUAUGUUUGGAAGCACACAAACAAAGAUAGCUUACUUCGGAAAUUCUUCCUCGAUAUGCUGACAUGGGAGAUGGAUCCUUCAUUAUUCGAAACAAAUCCGAGGGAUUUUCCGGACAACGUGAGACUUGAGCUCUUGGUCAACAUGGGAUAUGUAAUCCAGAUAGCCCGCCACGGUUCAUUGAGAUUGGAGAAUGGUAACCCAAUGAAAGACCUGACCAAGUAUUUUGAAAAGGUUAACGAAGAGGCUACUUGA